UUUUUAGCUGUUCUCUGCUCUGACUGUUGCAAUGCCGUUGCCUUGGUGCUCACAUACGCUUGCUGUCCGGAAACCUUUUGAGUUUUUCCUGAAGAAACUGAAAAGUUCCCAGUGAAAUUCAUGGGCUCCGAAUAGAGCUGAAAUUCUCCUUAUUAGGGCCUGUUCGGCUAUGCACCAGCUCCGUGGAAUUACAGGAUCUGUGAAGCACCUGGUCUGGAGCAGAGCGGUCCCAAACAAGCCUUUAGUCGAAGCUCUGUGGUUGUGUUUGGAAUUUGGGAACUCUCUCUGUUCUCUACGAGAUGGAGCCAGCUGUCGUGAUUACCUUUGCGAGGUUCUGUAUGGAAUCCCAGUUUUUGUAACACGCCGAGCAAAACGGCAGAAACUGGGCCGUCGCGCCGGGAAAAGGAGAAGCCGCGACACGACCGCCCGCCGCGCCGCCACCGCUGCUCGCGUGCUCCUUCCCCUCCUCCCUCCACCCCCACCCCGACGCGACACAGCAGAUGGCCAAGUCUGGGUACACGCGCCCGCCGCCCAUGGCCGAGGACACCGCCGCGGUUCCCGCCCCCAGCGCCGUCCUGUACGUGGCCAACUGCGGGCCGGCGGUGGGGCUGGCCCACGACGACGUCGCCGCGGCCUUCGGCGCCUUCGGGGAGGUCGAGGCGGUCAGCGCCGCCGACGACAGCGGCGCGCGCGUCAUCGUCCGGUUCCGCGAGCCCGGCGCCGCGGGGGCCGCGAUGGCCGCGCUCCACGGCCGCCCCUGCGGCCGCCUCUCCGGGCGCGUGCUGCACAUACGCUACUCGGUGCCCGCCCCGCCCAAGGCCCCGGCGGCCGUCUACGCUCCCCCGGUGGCCCUCUCGUCCUCGGAGCUCGGCAUCCCGGGCAUUCACUUGGUGGAGGAGUUCGUCACUCCCGCCGAGGAGCAGGAGCUUCUUGCAGCUGUGGACAGCAGGCCGUGGAAAAGGUUGGCGAAAAGGCGAGUUCAGCAUUACGGCUACGAGUUUCUGUAUGAAACCAGGAAUGUUGAUUCGAAGCAGUUCUUGGGUGAAUUGCCAUCUUUUGUUUCAAAAAUCCUUGAUAAAAUUGUGACAUUCCCUGGUGUGAAGAAUCGUACUGGCAAACUGGUGGAUCAAUUGACGGUAAACGAAUAUCCUUGUGGUGUAGGUUUGUCUCCACACAUAGACACACACUCAGCAUUUGAAGAAAUGAUUUUCAGUCUUUCCUUGGCUGGACCUUGCAUUAUGGAGUUCAGACAAUACCGCAAAGGCAGUUGGCGUGCUCCAAGUGUGGUCAGUGGAGCUGAUGAAGGCAGUAUCCAAGAUCCACAGUGCAUAAGGAAAGCUGUCUUUCUACCUCCUCGGUCAAUGUUACUCAUGUCUGGGGAAGGCCGAUAUGCUUGGCAUCACUAUAUACCACACCAUAAGAUUGAUGAUGUGGCUGGUCAAGUCAUUAAGAGAAAUUCACGGCGGGUUUCCUUCACUUUACGAAAGGUGAGGAUGGGUCUUUGCGAAUGUGAACAUGGGCAAUUUUGUGAUUCACAGAGCAAGUAAGAUAUCAACAUAGGAUUAAGGAUAAAAUCUUGAACAUUACGUGCUACACCACUGGUGAAUUCAUUAUCAGCAAUCACAGGCUGGUGAUCUUGUGGGUGACGUUUCAUAGGACAACCACUCCAACUAAGGAAAGUCAGCUGGAGCAUAUUUGAGCAAAUCAAUAGAUAGUGUCACCAUCCCAGCAAAUCAAUAGAUAUCUUGUGGGUGACGUUUCAUAGAUAUCUUGUAGCGAACUAAGUCUGAGACUGGAAUUCUGAAAUGAGGCAUGUAAUUUGCCACCUGGAGGCCCGAUUUAUCCAGUUGAGAUAUUUUUGUUGUAUUUGUACAACUACAGUGAUCGCCAUUUAUUCUCAUAUUGUUGAUAUUGUUGUGGAAUUCAA